AUGUCCGCAUCACCUACCUUUGCGGAAUGGAGGGCGAGCAUGGUCUUGCCAGGCCUUCUUCUCUACCUGGCUGUGAAGUCAUUUGUUCUUGUCCUUGCUGAGACGGUAAUCAAGCGGAAUAGACCCCUGUCUGAGAUCAAAGAUGAGGCCUUCUCGCGAUUCUGGCGUAUUAUCAAUGCGCCGCCACCACCAGGAACACCCCUAGCUGGGUCCAUGACUCUUCCACCAGCCCUGCUCCCAGAAGCGAGCGGCGUCGUUCUCGAGCUCGGCCCCGGCUCCGGAGCGCAAGUCCAAUACUUCGCAACGGCCACUAAGGCUACGACAAUCUACGGCGCGGAGCCGUGCCUGCCCCUGCACGACGACCUCCGAGCCAAUGCCGUCCGCCACGGCCUUCGUGACAAGUACCGUAUCGUGACUGCUGGUGCUGAGAAGGAAACACUCAUCCCUGGUCUAGCGAAAGCAGGUCUCCUCACCAACAAGUCCCCCAAUAGCGGCAUCUUCGACACAGUCGUAUGCGUGCGAGUGCUGUGCAGCGUAAAGGACCUGCAUGAAACGACGAGCGCGAUCUACUCGCUGCUGAAGCCAGGCGGGAAGUUGAUUGUUGUGGAGCACACAGUGAAUCCGUGGAGGACGCCGACUGGAAGCUAUGUCGGGCGGUUGAUGCAGACUGUGUAUGAGUCGUUGGGCUGGACGUUCUUUGUGGGCAAUUGUCACAUGACAAGGGACAUCCGGAAAGGCAUCAUGGACGCUGCGGUUUCGGAUGGAGGGUGGGUCAAGGUUGAGUUGAAGAACCACUUUAGUUGGGCGGCGCUGCCAUACGUGGCCGGGACCGUGGUGAAGAGGUCGUGA